UUUGCUUUUUCUGGUGUCAAAGAAACAGUCAUAGUUAUUGAAUAUAGAAUAAAACCAAGAAAUACAAUUUUUUGUGUUGGUAUUAACACAGAUUUUUCAGGGUGAGUGACAAAAUUUAAGUUGUGAUGGUUAGUGAUCUGUUUCAAUACAAAAAGGGAAGCCCCAAUCGGGGAUUAGUAUGGGAUUCUAUUGUCGAAAACUUAAAUAAAACAGAAACGCCUGUCUUUACUUUAAAAGACAAGAGAAGUGUUCGAGACCGGUGGAGUCUUUUAAAAGCUAAGUUCAAGCAGAAGAUGCGCGAAGAAGAAAGGGCAAGUGGCAUUGAUGUCGACAAACUGUCGGAGAAAGAAAGUUUGAUUGAAGAGUUGUGCCAAAAAGAGGACAGCUUCCUUGAGGUAGCAUCAGUUCAAAAGCAAAAGGAAAAUGCAAAUGCUAUUGAUAUAAGGAUGACAGCCUUGGAACGAAUGGGCGAAACAAGCAAGAGAAAAUCUGAUGGGCAAAACUCAGAUGUUAAGCUUAAGAAAGUAUGCCGCGGAAGUUGUGAGUUAGUCGAAUAUUUGAGAGAGAGAUCAAGCAAGGAAAUUGAAAUCCAUCGUGCAGAAUUAGAAGUAAAGCAAAAUGAGCAAGAAAUACAAAAUCAAUUGAGAAACCCAAGCAGCUACACAACAAACAGAAGUCUUAAAAAUGAUGCAACAACAAAAUCUAAAAAUGAUGGAGAGCCAAGCUUUACUUCUCAGCAACAACAGCAAUUGUCAACAGCAUUUCUUGACAUUAUUCAGAGGUUCACAACCAAGUAA